AUGGGACAAGCAGGGCGCCAGUUCCGAGCUCUGCUCUGGAAGAAUUGGCUCUGCCGCGUGCGGCACCCGGUUCUCUCCCUGGCUGAAUUUCUCUGGCCAUGCAUCCUGUUUUUGAUUCUGACAGUACUUCGUUUUCAAGAACCUCCUAGACAUAGAGACAGUUGUUACUUGCAAGCUCGAGACCUGCCAAGCAGGGGUGUUUUCCCCUUUGUCCAAAGCCUUCUUUGCAACACCGGGUCACAGUGCCAGAAUAUAAGCUAUGAAGGGCCAGCUGAGCACCAGUUUUGGUCAUCUAGGUUCCAAACUGCAGCUGACCACAACAUGAAGAAAACUAGCCACCUAGCCUUUUUAAGAGAGAUGCAGGAUGUUGCCAAGAACAUGUAUGAAACGGUGAAAAAGGCAGCGCACUUACACAAACUUUGGGUAAACAGAUCCAAGACUCCAGAUUCAUAUGGUUCCAGCUUUUUAACAGAAGAUCUCAAUAAGAUCGAAGAUAUGAUAUCAAAAUUGGAAAGCCUUCACAAACAACCUCUUAUCUGGAAUUUUCUACUUUCACUGCCACAACUCUAUGCAAAAAAUGUUCACCUUGAUCAGAGCAUACAUGCUGUCGUACAGUUUCUCCAAGUAGUUUUGAAUUCCUUAAUAUCCUUAGAAGAUUUAGUUUGGCUUCCACUCAACCAUACAUUCUCCAAAGUUUCUGAGUCUAUAUUGAACAUGACCAUUUCCACACUUAUAAUUCUGCAGGACAAUGUGGUAGCAGUCACCGAGCAGGGAUACAAUCUGUCCCUGAAGGAUAUUGUGUGGGAUCCGCAGCUGCUCCAAUAUGACCUGCAAUCCCGAUUUGGAUUGGAUGAUCUUCACUCAGAAAGAAUCCUGAAUUAUUCAGCUAAACUAAAGGAGAUUUCCGUGAACAAGUCUCUGGAGAGGACGAUGUGCUUAGUCUUGUCUAGCACCUCAGAAGAUGAUACUGGUAGAGAGCAUCACCCUAGAGAAUGUCAUCCCAGGUGGUCAGAAGCCCAAGACUACCUUGUCCAUGCGAUCAGUUGGCCCCGAGUCUGCCAACAGGUGUUUGGCCAGUGGCAAAAAAGUGACCUGCUUGGGAAGAUCCUUGUAGGGAUUUUGCAAAACCUGAAGACCCUCAGGGAUCAAUUUGAGAUGGAGAGCAAGCCGAGGAAGAUGGCGGAAGCUUGGUACUCCUGGCUUCUCCUCUUGAAUGACACCUUGGCAGUAGACGGAUCAAAAGGCAACCAUAAAUCUACAAACACCAUAUUUCACAUACUGGAAAAAGCACAAUUGUCGCUGGAGCAAACUGAUGACUGGAAAGCUUUCAUAGGAUUUAUCAGGAAGACAUGUGAAGUGGCUUAUCAUGUGAAUAUGCAAGAAAGCUUCUACCGCAGUCGAUUCUUUUUCUCUGAGGACUCUCCUUGUUAUGAAGAAAACAUGGAUUGGAAAAUCAUCACUGAUAAUUAUUUUUUAUUUCUGCAUAACUUACUCAAGUCACCAACAGCUUCAAUAUCUAGGAUCUUAAAUUCCACAAAGGAUCACCUAAUGAUGGAAAACAAGUUACAUCACCUUGAGGAUGAGCAAAUUUUAGUACUUCUGAACCUUUGGGAACAAUUAUUUUUGCCUACAAUUUUAAACUCAUCCAGUGUGCCCAAAGUUCACAACCUUUCAUCUCACAUGGAGACUUUUCUGAAUAAAAGCCUUUUGUGGAUCAAUUAUUUUAAAAGUUUAGAGAGAGACCCACCUGCUAUGGAUACCGAGAAUCUUUUGAAUUUGGGUAAAGUCAUAAUAAAAAAAAUACAAACUUCUGAAAAUCACUGGAUAAGGAAGAAAUCCGAAAAUAUGACCACGUACACGGAACAGAUGCAUUUUGGAAUUAACCCCAAGCUACUGGAAUUGUUGUUAUAUGACAUUUUUGAAGGGAAAAGAGCUAAAUUGGAAACCUUGUCUACACUUCUGAAUUUUUCUGCUCCAGAUAGUGAAAGGAAUUUUAGUAAAAACUUUAACUUGACCCAGUUGUUCCAUUCAGAUUGGUCAAACCCAGGGGGUGUGAAUCUGGAUUUUUUGCAUUUGAGUGAAACCAUAUUAGGUGGUCUCUAUGAAAUUGGAUUUAUGAGACAGGAGCAGGUUUCAGAAGCUCUGGCCACCAUCUAUCUUAUAAGGAAUGCAUCUGAUAUUUUUUCAAUGCUUUCUGAAUAUCAAAAACAAGAAGUUGACAAAAUUUUGACUCAAGUAUACCAAAAUAUCAUCAAGGGCAAGGAUUCAGCUUUACUUCUGCAAAUUUAUUCUUUGUUUUACCAACACAUGCACAAAUUCUUCCUGAGCAUUCAGGAUAGAGAGCCUUUGCUAACUUUUCUUACACAAAUAUCAAAACAUAUUUUGGAUAUUUUAAAGAAAUUUAAUUUCCAAACCAUCAGCAAGGCAUUUGCAUUUUUUUCUGAGAUAACAAGUUUUCUUGGUAGAAUUUCUGAAAAAUCCUAUUGUCAGCAAAUGCUUUCAAUUUUUCAGUUUCUGGAACUUCAAGCCCAGGCACUGAAGUCCACUAAGGGCCAAGACUUGGAAAUGAUCCAUGCUACCUUGACUAGCCUCAAGCAACUCUUCAUAGUAGAUAAAGAUUUUCGUAUUUCUUUAUUUGACUAUCUAAGCCAACUCUUCAAUAGCUCAGUAGAAGCCAGGUUAAGUAAUGAAUGCUUUGCAUUGAAUAAUAAAGAUUUUUCUCCUCUAAAUAAUUCAACAGAUGGAAUAUCUUCAUUUGGUCUUCUGUGGGCACAAAUUCUUUUAAACCUUUCUGCAAGUGGCAGUACUUUCAAUGAGUUUAUGGCCAUUCACUGCACCAUGUCAUGGUUCAAACUGUGGACUGAAAUCUGGGAACGUAUAUCUCAAAUAUUUAAGUUGGAUGCAAUCCUUUUCACUUCUCUUCACGUUGGUCUCAAUCAAGUUUUGGAUGAAUUGGAAAAUGAUGUGAAGAUUUCUAAAGACUGCCAGGGAAUAUUUUCAACUAAUCACCCUGCUAUACUGCUAUUACAUUUUUUAAAAACUGUAACUCAAGCUGGUGGCUUCCAUAACUGGAAUGAUUUCCUGGACCUCCAUGAACUGUGGGUAGGACUAGGUGAUGCAUUAGUUAUAGUAAAAUCCCUUCAUCCUGACAAAAUAGAGAAGUCCCUUUUCGCCAUGGAAGCCACCCUACACCAACUAAAGACUUUUCCAUUGAAUACAAAUUUAAGCAGAGAGUUUUUAUAUUCUCUGCUUGAAGUGUUUAUUGAGUUAAGCAAUACCUCAGAAUAUAUAGAUAGAAAUCUAUAUUUACCAAGUUAUGCCUUUUCAAAUAAUCUAACAAUUUACGGGGUAAAGUUUCAAAGUGUCAUCACAGAACUAAGAGAAACAAUAUCAUUUCUUAGAAAUGUAUCACAAGACCAAAAGUUGUUGUCCUGUGCUGAUGUUUACCAAAGUGUUACUACAUUUAUUUUUGAAGAUGAUUUACUAUAUGCAAAUGCUUCACAGAGAGCAUUCUAUAUUUUGGCUAUGUUAAAUUCCACAUUUUCCUCUGAGAACAUAAUUCACAGACUGAAGGGAUGCAUUGCAUGGGUAGAUGUCAUAAAUAAUUUAUCUGGUCUAUAUAACUCCAGUGUUCUACCAGGUCAUCUUCAAAGUAUUCUCGGGAAUUUUAGAGAUACGGAACCCAAAAUAGGCAUGGCAGUGAAACUUAUUACUUGGGCUUUAAAUAUAAAGAAACCUCUUUGCUCACGGAAUGCGUCAAUUAUAAAUUGUAUUGAUAUUUACCUGAAAAAUGUAACAGAAUUUCUAAAUGUUAUACUUACUGCAGCCUUUGAAAAAGAGCUAGUACCAAAAUUUGAUAAUUUGUUAACUCUUUUAAAUGAUUCUACAAAUCAAAUAAGAAUGAUUAUCAGCAACUUAACACAAGACUUAGAUUUUGCAUCUCAGUCUAACUGGAAUCAUAUUGCUGACUUAUUUCUAAGACACACAGGAACGUCAAAUAAGCUUCCUAACCGAUUCCAAAAUAUUUGGCUACAUUUAAUAGCACUGGGAAAGGAAAUACAGAAACUCGUAAAAGAUAUAUCUUCUAACACGGUGGAAAAUAGUUUGUCUUCCCAAAAUGAAAAGCUUUUAAAUGUUUUUACCACCAGUCCAAAGGAAAAAGACUUAAGUAGUUUAAGAAAUUCAAUUUAUCAAUUUGCUAGUUACCUAGCUUUCAGCUUGCCACAUGAUCUUCAAAAUUCCUCAAAAGUAAUUCCACCUGAAGUGAUGCAAAAUGUGGGUCUUGGGAUUCAGCUGUUUAGGGAUGUGUUUAAUGCUCUCCUGCCCGCAGCUCAACAUGAUAUGACGCAAAACACAGUCAAUAUUCAAGUUUUAAAGAAGGUGUCUUCUUUGAUGCACACUCUUAAGAAGGCAGACAUCGAUAUUUUAGUGGAUCAACUGGAACGGAUCACUGAAAACCUAAUGGAUUUCUUUAAAAAUAUCAGUCGAGCAGAUACUGACAAUUUGAAGAUCAACUUGCUGGUUGGCUUAAUGGAAAACUUCAUAGAGAGCUCACAUUCCUGGAACGUAAACCACUUGCUGAAGCUCUCGCGCCUGUUUCCUAAGGAUGAUGUUAAUGCCGUGGUAGAUGCAUACUACGUGCUUCCUCAUGCCGUGAGACUUCUGCAGAGAGUAGUUGACAAAAACAUUACAGAAGCCCUGAAGGAUGUCUACAACUUCACACUUCUUCAUGGCAUAACCAUUUCAAACAUUAGCAAGGAAGACUUUGCAGUUGCAAUAAAAACUCUUUCAGAUACCAUUGAAUUAGUAGUUGAUAAGCCAGGAAUUAUUUCAGAGAUAAUAACCUGCCUUCCUGAGAUUUGGUGCUGGAAUCAUGCGACAUCGGAAUUACAUCAGAAACUGAAAUCAGAAACCUGUCAUGGUUAUAGGAUGGUUUUUUCUUCUUUUUACGGAAAAAUAUCUGGUGUACUAAAGCACCUCCAACUGCCUCGGCUAGAUGAAAAUGUCCAAUGCUCAAAUACAAGUUCAAGAAGGGAACUGACUAGCAAAGUGGUUUGUAUAAUCCAUGAACUAACGGACUGGAAUUCUAUCCUGCUAGAAAUGUCAGAAGUCUUUCACCUGAAGACAUCUCUUGUGGAAACGGUACAAGAGUUUUUGAAUACACUAUUACCCUACGUCUUGUCUUCUGGAUUUCAAAGUAAUGACAGCGUCUCUCAGCUUUGUACUGGUGGUCCCUUGAAGCAAGUUGCCUGGCAAAUCAUAAAAACACUUAAAAAUGUUAAUAUAAGUAACGUUUUAUCAGGUGAACAUUUUUUUGAUAGCCUAGCUAGUUUACAGGAGAUCCUUAACAUGAACGAGGGUACAGAUGAGGCUGUUCCACAGAAUAAUUCCUUAGAUUUGGAAAGGAUAGGAAAAUCAAUUUCUGAUGUCCCGAGGACCAAGAAAGAAAGUCUUGAUCCUCCUUAUAUGUUCAAACCGGCAUCAUCUUUCAAAAAUUACAUGAAGAGAAUCUUCGUAUUGCUUGAAUCCUGGCAAAAAGAGCUCCGGCUGACUGAUGAAAGUGUUGUAGAAAUGUGCCAAGUUUUCAAAGAGACUGCACAGCCCCCCAAAGUCAUCAGGACUCAACAAAAAGUGAAGAUGCUGGUUUUGCACGUGAUCCUCAACUUUGCAGAAAACCCUUCUCUGAUUAAGGAUAUUUUGUGUUCUACUCUGAGUUGCAGACAAAGUGGGAUAAGGCCUCUCAUAUUGUCUGUCGUGCAAGGAUUCACUUUGCUACACAGCCAGUGCCAGGAAAUCAAUCAGAUAUGGUCAUCACCCACUCAGCUAAACUGUGAAAGUCUUAGCAGGAAACUUUUUAGGUCUUUGGAAAGUUUCAAGAACAACUUGGAAGAUACGACCGAGGAGGCCUGUGAAUGCCAGCCAGCUCUAGGGACCGUCCAGCAGCACAUGUACAAGUUGGCCAAGAGCCUUGAAGAAACUUGGUCAUCAGGGAAUCCCUUUAUGACGUUUCUUCGCAAUUUCACAAUAACGGAUGGUGUAAAAGUUAAAGAUUUAAUGAAAAAUAUCACGAGGUUAACGGAAGAGCUCCAAUCUUCUAUCCAUCUGUCAAAUGAAACAAUCAAUUGUCUUUUAGAAGCAAACAUUUCCCAUUCAAAGGUUCUAUCUAAUAUCCUUACGGUAGCCUUGUUUGGGAGAUGUGACCGAGACACCCUUCAUCUCCUGCUGACCUUCCGCGAAGGUGAAGCAGCUCUUUCAGCAGUGAAGGAAUUGUGUGCCUUGUCUGGACCAGACGUGUAUUCUCUGAUUGUGUUAAUGAGCCAAAAUCUGAACCUGCGGAAUUUCUUCUACAAAACUUUGGUUCCUCCUGAAGCAAAUAAUGUGCUCAAUUCCCUGUUGGACGUAGUUUCCAGCCUCAGCUCGCUCCUCGUGAAAGCCCAGCAUGUCCUUGCACACCUCCCGGAAUUUCUUCAAGAAUUAAAAAUUGCGACCUUGCUAGAUAUGUCUUCCUUUCAACAGGUGUCGGCCCAAGACCAGGACAGAUCUUCAGCCUUUGGUUCUUUUCAGUCUGUGAUGAAGACGGUCUGCAAAGAGAAAGAGUCAUUCCUAAGCAGCUCGAACACAUUUAUUGAUUUACCCAGAGUUAAUGACCUCUUGGAUGAGGACAAGGAAAAGUUCAACAUUCCAGAAGAUGCAACACCAUUUUGCAUGAAGCUUUAUCAGGAAAUUCUACAGUUUCCAAAUGGUGCAUUGGUGUGGGCCUUCCUAAAACCUAUAUUGCAUGGAAAAAUACUCUAUACACCAAAUACUCCUGAAAUCAAUGAAGUCAUUCAAAAGGCUAAUUAUACAUUUUAUUUUGUGGACAAGAUAAAGACAUUAUCAGAAACACUACUGAACGUAUCCAGCCUUUUUCAGAGAACUGGGAAUAGCCAGAUGCUUAACCAAUUUCAGGAAGCCCUGAGAAACAAAUUUAUAAGAACAUUUAUAGAGAGCCAGUUGCAUAUUGAUGUAGACAAACUUACUGAAAAGCUUCAGUCGUAUGGUAUUAUAUUCACAAAUUCUUUCACCAACAAGAAUUCCCCGCCAGAGUCUCUGAAACUGCCGCCUCAUGUCACAUAUACAAUUCGAACCAGUAUCUUAUACAGCAUGAGAACAGAUAUGGUGAAAAAUCCAUUUUGGAAGUUCCAUCCACAGACUCUACCAGCUGGCGGGUUCAAAUACAACUACAUCUUUGUCCCGUUGCAAGACAUGAUUGAGCGAGCCAUCAUCUCAGUGCAGACAGGGUGGGAUGCUCUAGAACCAGCAACCCAGGCACAGGCAAUCCCGUACCCCUGCCACACCAGUGACUUAUUCUUGAACAACGUUGGCUUCUUCUUUCCACUGAUAAUGAUGCUAACCUGGGUGGUUUCUGUGGCCAGCAUGGUUCGAAAGCUGGCUUAUGAGCGGGAGAUACAGAUUGAAGAGUACAUGAGGAUGGUGGGAGUGCAUCCGACGACCCAUUUCCUGGCCUGGUUCCUGGAGAAUAUGGCCAUGCUGGCUCUUGGCAGUGUUGCCUUGGCAGUCAUUCUGAAAACAAGUGGCAUUUUUGUGCACAGCAAUGCUUUUAUUAUUUUUCUCUUUCUUUUGGAUUUUGGGGUGUCCCUUGUCAUGCUGAGUUACUUCUUGAGCGCAUUUUUCAGCCAAGCAAGCACUGCCGCCCUUUGCACCAGUCUAGUGUACAUGAUCAGCUUUUUGCCGUAUAUAGUUCUGCUGGUUCUACAUAACCAACUAAGUUUCGUCAUUCAGACAUUUCUGAGGAUGCUCUGCUCUGACUCUGACCUUUCCUUCUUGCUAGGAAUUCAGUGGGAUAAUAUGUACCAAUCUCUGGAACAAGAAAGUAUGACAUUUGGAUGGAUUUGCUGGAUGAUUCUGUUUGAUUCAAGCCUCUAUUUUUUAUGUGGAUGGUACUUCAGUAACUUGAUUCCUGGAACUUUCGGUUUAAGGAAACCGUGGUAUUUUCCCUUUACUGCAUCAUAUUGGAAGAAUAUAUGUGGCUUGGUGGAGAAGAAGUAUUAUAAAAAUUCCUCUAGUCUAUUCUUCAUCAAUGAGAGCUUUGCCAGUAAAGGCUCAUCUCUGCAACACACAGAAGGGAGCCCUGGAGAAGGAUGCCCAGGAGUCACUAUGGUGUCUGUGACCAAAGAAUAUGAACCUAAUAAAGUGGCCAUCAGAGACCUCACUCUCACGUUCCACAGGGACCAACUCACUGCUUUGUUGGGGACAAAUGGUGCUGGAAAGACCACCAUUAUAUCCAUGUUGACAGGGCUCCAUCCUCCCACCUCUGGAACUAUUAUUAUCAAUGGAAAGAAUCUCCAGACAGACUUGAGCGCAGUCAGAAUGGAGCUGGGGGUGUGUCCUCAGCACAAUGUCCUGUUUGACAAUCUCACAGUCCUGGAGCAUCUGUUGCUCUUUGCUUCGAUAAAGGCGCCACAGUGGACCAAGAAAGAGUUACAUCAGCAAGUCAAUAAAACUCUUCAGGCGGUGGAGUUAACACAGCACCGCUACAAACAAACCAGGACUCUUUCUGGAGGCAUGAAGAGGAAGCUUUCCAUCGGAAUUGCUUUCAUUGGUAUGUCCCAAACUGUGAUUCUCGACGAGCCCACCAGUGGUGUGGACCCUUGCUCCCGUCGCAGCAUCUGGGACAUUCUCUUCAGAUAUCGAGAAGGUCGUACCGUGAUCUUCACCACGCAUCACCUGGACGAAGCCGAAGUACUCAGUGAUCGCAUUGCCAUCCUGCAGCAGGGGCGGCUCCGGUGCUGUGGGCCUGCCAUGUGCCUGAAGGAGGCCUAUGGCCAGGGGCUCCAGCUGACACUCACAAAGCAGCCUUCUGUUACGGAGCUCCAUGAUCCAAAAGGCAUAGUUCGAGUUACGUCUUUGAUACAGAGCUAUGUUCCCCAAGCAUUUCUCAAAUCGAGCAGUGGAAGUGAACUUGCAUAUGCCCUUCCAAAGAACACAGACAAGGCCAGCUUUACAGAACUCUUUCAAGAUCUGGACCAGAAUCUACAUCAUCUUCAGCUGACAGGCUAUGGGAUUUCAGACACCACAUUAGAAGAGGUAUUUUUGAUGCUUAUGCAAGAUUCCCAAAAGAAAUCUCAUCUUGCCUCUGGGGGCGCUGUGGAGCCACAGCCUCCGAGAUCUCUGGCGCAACUGCCUGGCUAUGGUGAGGCUCCCAGGAAGGUGGUGCCUGCACGGGGUGCACAGCUGCUUGGCUCCCAGAUGGCUGCUCUCUUGAGGAAGAGGCUGCUCCAUACUCUCCGGGCCUGGAAAGGCACGCUGUCAGACCUGCUGCUCCCUGUCCUCUUUGUGGCCUUGGCCAUGGGUUUAUUCAUGGUGAGACCUUUGGCUGUCAACUACCCUCCCCUCAAAUUGGCACCUGGCCAUUAUGAGAGGGCAGAAACAUAUUUUUUUAGCAGCAAGAACAGUGAUGUGGCCCUGGCCCACAUGCUUCUGAGGAAAUUUGGAUAUCAGGACCUUCUCUGUGCCAAGUUGAAUCCGGACCUGAAGAAUUCUUCAUGCUGGCACACUGAUCCGUUUACUCAGCCAGAAUCCCAGAAUUUAUGUGGUUGCCAGAAGUGUCCCAGUGGAAGCUCUGGUGCUCCCUACCUGAAAAACCAUCUGGGCCACACUCUACUGAACCUUUCUGCCUUCAACCUGGAAGAGUUUUUGCUGGUGGCUUCUAAAAAACCCAGGCUUGGAGGUUGGUCUUUUGGAGAGCGAAUCUCUGAACAAGCUGAAGAUGCCAAUUCAAAUUUGUCCAAACCGGAACCUCUGGCAAAGGUGUGGUAUAAUCAGAAAGGAUUUCAUUCUCUACCUUCCUACUUAAAUCAUCUAAACAACCUUAUUUUAUGGCAACACUUACCCCCUUCCGUGGACUGGGGAAAAUAUGGAAUAACCCUCUAUAGUCACCCAUAUGGAGGAGCACUGCUGAACGAAGACAAGAUCCUGGAGAGUAUCCGUCAGUGUGGUGUUGCUCUCUGCAUUGUGUUGGGCUUCUCCAUCUUGACUGCAUCCAUUGGAAGCGCGGUGGUGAAAGACAGAGUGAUUGGAGCCAAAAGGUUGCAGCACAUCAGUGGCCUUGGGUACAGGAUGUACUGGCUCACUCACUUCCUGUAUGACCUGUUCUUUUACUUGGUUUCCGUCGGCCUGUGUUUGGCCAUUAUCAUGGCCUUCCAGUUAUCAGCGUUCACUUUCCGGGAGAACUUGGCAGCCACAGCCCUCCUGCUGGCACUUUUUGGAUAUGCAACCCUUCCUUGGAUGUAUCUGAUGUCCAGAGCUUUUUCAAGCUCAAAUGUAGCUUUCAUCUCCUACAUCUCUUUAAACUUCAUCUGCGGCCUUUGCACCAUGCUCAUGACUAUCAUGCCUCGGUUGCUGGUCAUUAUCUCCAAGUCAAAGAAUUUACAGAAUAUUUAUGAUGUCCUCAAGUGGGUCUUCACCAUCUUUCCUCAAUUCUGUCUGGGCCGAGGACUGAUAGAGCUAUGUUAUAAUCAGAUCAAAUAUGACCUGACCCACAAUUUUGGCAUUGAUUCCUAUGUGAGUCCCUUUGAGAUGAAUUUCCUGGGCUGGAUCUUUGUGGAGUUGACCUUCCAGGGCACAGCGCUUCUCCUUCUGAGGCUUCUGUUGCACUGGGAUCAUCUGCAGCAGUCAAGGAGCCACUCUGCUCUGACUGGCACCAUCAAAGCUUCCAAGGAUGUGGAUGUAGAAAAGGAGCAAAUGAGGGUGUUUGCAGGAAGAACUGGUGGAGACGUUCUUGUGUUGUACAACCUUAGUAAAAGUUACCGAAGUUUUUUCAAGAAGACCACCGCUGUGCAAGACAUUAGUUUGGGCAUACCAAGAGGAGAGUGUUUUGGGCUUCUAGGAGUGAAUGGAGCUGGAAAGACCACUACAUUCAAAAUGUUGACUGGUGACGUCACUCCAACAUCAGGACAUGCUUUCAUCAGGACUCCCAUGGGAGAUGAAGUGGCCCUCUCCUUGGCUGGCAGAGCUGGCGUUCGCAUUGGCUACUGUCCACAACAAGAUGCCCUUGAUGAGCUCCUGACUGGUUGGGAGCAUCUUCAUUAUUACUGCAGUCUGCGAGGCAUUCCAAAGCAGCACAUCCCUGAGGUGGCUGGAGACCUCGUGAGGCGCUUGCACUUGGAAGCCCAUGUGGACCAACCUGUUGGCACCUACAGUGGUGGAACCAAAAGAAAACUUUCUACAGCCCUGGCAUUGGUGGGGAAACCUGAAAUUCUUUUGUUGGAUGAGCCCAGCUCUGGAAUGGAUCCCUGCUCCAAGAGGUACCUCUGGGACACAAUCAUGAAGGAGGUUCAAGAAGGUUGUGCUGCCGUGCUGACUUCCCACAGCAUGGAGGAGUGCGAGGCGCUCUGCACAAGGCUUGCCUUGAUGAUCCACGGCAGUUUCAUGUGUCUCGGAUCUCCUCAGCACAUUAAAAACAGGUUCGGUGAAGGUUAUACAGUCAAGGUUUGGCUCUGUAAGCGAGCAGAUCAACAUCACACUAUUACUGACUGCUUGAAGCUCCAUUUUCCAGAAAUCCAGUUCAAGGUAUUCAUUAAUUUUGCUACUGAGCAGCAGAAAACUGAACAGUCUACGCUAGAACCAUUUGUUGAUCGUUAUCACCCUCUGCCUAUCUGAAGAACAAAUAAGUUCUUAUGAAGAAUAAAACCUUGUCUCUCCUUCAAAAUGAUACUCAAGAAUAAAGAAAACAAGUGCACCUCGAAGGACCUAGGAGACACCUUUGCCCGCAACCUGAUUAUAUUCUCUCCCUUGGUGUUUUACUUUUAAAUUCUUUGGAAAUUAGUAACUAGGAAAUUGAAAGGCCAUUUUUUCCCAGUAGAUUUUGGGAUGCUUCUUCACCAGAUUUUUUCCUUGCCAAGCAAAUAUGGGCAGCAGCAUGUUGUGACACACACAUAUAUGAAUUAACAAAGUCCCGUGGGGAACAUUUUCUUGAGCUGGAAGAGUUGUCAUAUAUUUUAUUUUAUUUUAAGGAAACCCACCCUCCUGACUGAAACUUGAAUAUUAUUUCCUAUCUUAUUUGCAUAAGGACCCCUGGUGGAUAGUGGAGUACACACUGGUCUUCUAGCUACCAGGUCAGCAGUUCGAAACUGCCAGCCCUCCUCAGGAGACAUG